AACCAAACCAACUAGUCUGUUCUGAGAUGGCUGCAAUGGCGAGAUUAGCCUUAAUUUUGAGACUAAAUUUGAAGUUUAAACUCAGCCUUUUCGAGGUGAAGAAAUGCAUCAGUGCAACGCAUAUUUCUACUAUCAAAGUUAAGUACAACGAGAGAAAAGUCUUUUCCCAAGUGGACCCAAGCAUUCCAUUUCUCUACAUCAUUCAAAGGGAUAACGGUUGCAAUACAUUUCAUUUAUUUGGUAAGUUGCCAGAUUUUUGUCAAUUUGAACUAUAAUUUAGUUACACAUGAAUAGCGUACAUGACAUAACCAAUCAAUAGUGAUGUCUGUUAAUAUUUUUGAUGAUAUGAAACUGCAUUCCUUAAAAAAAUUGUUUAUUUCUAGGUUUUAAAGAAAUGAAAAUAAAGAUGUCUCAAACACUUCAAACAGUAUUUCAAAAGUAAGGAUGGUUUUGCUACUCUCCUGGGGAUGACUAAACCAAAUUUAAUUUUAAGUUUGCGGGGUUUUAUAUUAAUAACUCCAUGUGAAUAUAAAAUGUUUUGAAAAAAGGAAAAGAAAAACGAUUUUUAUUUGUCACUACAUAAUAACCUAUUUUUAAAAAAAAGUUUUUUGUAUGUGUAUUGUAGUGACACUCAUGGCCAGGAAAUUGAGCCAUUCGAAUUGGAGUAUAAUGCUAGGCAAGGAGGUGAUGCCUAAGACUAAGACUAAUAAUAAUAAUAAGAAGAAGAAUAGUUAUAUGAGUUAUAUCGGAGUCAAAAUAAGCCUAACCUUUGGGUGGGAAGGUUGGUGAAAAUGUAAGCCUAUAUUAGAUCUGAAACAUGUGUGACCAAAUCAUGAACUGGAAAAAACGGGUCACACCCAAGGAGGGUUAGCACACCCAAGGAGGGUUGUGGGGGAUACCCUCCAGCUAAAUAGGGGUUCGGGGGGCCUCCGCCGGAAACUGUUUAUUGAAAUAUGUGCAUUUUAAACUAUUUUGAGACCUAGAAAUCUUUUUAACUUUACCUUCACUUUUGUAAUUUAAUUUAAACUCUGAGGCAUAUCAUCAACGAAAACAAUAAUUUUGCAGUGAAUGCUUAUUUAUUUAUACAUAUAUUGAUUAUUGUACAACAUAUUAAAACACAACUAAUUAAAUUCCUCUAGUUUAGGAUUUAAAUUAAUGAUAUUUGGUUGUUGUCCCAGCCAUUGUUCUUAUUUAAUUUAAAGUUGUAAAAACUAGAACAGUCCAUUUCGAAAUUGUAGAGAACCUGCAGGAUUGCAGAAAGGGUCUCCACUCUCAUCUUGUUUCUUUUGUCCGUCCAUUAAAUGUUCAUGAGUGAAAAGAUUCUCGAUUUGGUCACCCUAAGUUAGACACUCUUAAUACUAGUAAUAUCUCAGUAAGAAGUAAAAACUUGGCCCUUCAAGGCUGCUUUGUUGUUUCUUUGCCUAAGAAGGUAAACUAGAUUAUUGAACACCACUCCACCCUUUUCAACAUAAAAAGUAAACAAAUGCCACAAUGAUGUCCCUUUAACUUUUUAGUUGGAUAAUUAUGUUUAUUGUUUAAUCUCUCUAUAAUUAUGCAAUUCAGGGGUGAAAAUGACACCACGCACUAACUGUUUGGCAUCCAUUGCAGAGAUGUGUGUACCACCAGUGAUCACAAAUAUGGUAAAAAACGUUUGACACAGGCCACAGAAUUUGUGACAUGGGCUGUUGAAAGGCGUUUUGCUACUCUCCUGGGGAUGACUGCUGCAGUACACUUACAUUUUAUACUUCAUGUGGUCGGUAUCAUCUUGCAUAAGACUUAUUGUGGAGUAGAUGUUUUCAGUCUUGCCUUCAAGCAAGUCCUAAAAUUAUUGAUAAAGCAGGCAUUUAAGGAUGGAUUUCAGAGGCUUGGAUUAAAAGCCAUUCUUUGGCUAAUUAAUAAACAGGUAUUCUUAGGCCCAGUGUUAUUUAGAUUUUCAAACAAAAUAUCAUAACGUACCCUAAAAACCUUUACUAUCUUCUGAAUAUUACUACACACAUUGAUAGAAAGUUUAUAGAUGAGCUAAAAAUAUUUUAACCUAAUCAGUCAGCUUGUUGAUCCACUAAGAUGGUGUAAUAGUUAGUGGCAAGUACCUUUGUCUGCUCUCAAAGCCAGAAUUGAUUGUUAUGUUAAAAUAAAAAAAUAAGUAUAUGUAAGGAAUGUUACAAUUUGUUAUAAAAUAGUAAAUUAUUUAAAGAAUAGCAACUAUUAAGAAUGACAUGAUUUUUAUUUGAUUUGUUCUCAGGUUUGCAGUUCCAAGAAGCCAUAACCUUACCCCUACAACACUAACCCACCCCUUUUUUUUUCUCCCCCAAACACAAUUUACAGCUACAGUUGUUGUCAUUUACCUGAAUAAUCAAUGCUCAUUUUUUAAAAUUUAUGUUUCUUUUUAUUUUUUUAAUAAUAAUUUGAUUUACCCAUUUCUAUUCAAUUUAAACACGCUAAGAUGUAUUCUUGUGAUUAAAAAAUGCAGCUAUUAUUAUGAACAAUAAUUGUUAGUAUUAAUAGCCUAAUGUAAUGAUUAAUGUUAACAACUGAUCCCCAGGUAGUUUAUCAGUAAAUGUUUAGCCUGCAUUACUCAAAAUUCAAACUUAUUUUUCUUUUUUUAUUAUAAUUAUUUAAUAUCAAUUUUGGUGUGUAUUUGACAGUCACAAAAACUAAUAACUGCUUUUUGAUAAUUUUUAAAAAUAUUAAUGUAAAUCUAAAUUAAUAAAAUCAGUAUGUGAGAAUCUAACUAUUUAACAACUUAACAAAAAUUUGAGUUACUUCAUAUAUUUUUGUUGAUAAAUUUGUAUACAUUAUUGUCUAUUUUCCCCCCUUACAUAUCUUAUUUGAAACAAAACUGCAAAUCUCCCAAUCAAAGAAUGCAAAGAACUUUGUAGCACUCAACAGAAAGUCAAACUACAGAU